AUGGCUUCUGUAAAUAAUGGACAGACCACAAGCUGUGAGGAGUGGUUAAUGCUGCGAGUCGGGGCGGUUCCCCGCAACUCACUUGGAUGGUUCAGAUGUGGAGUGGGAUUUUAUAACAAAAAGGAGUUCACCAAGGCCAUCGAGUGUUUUGAAAAAAGCGUACAGCUUGAUCCUAUGAAUUACAAUGCUUACCAGAUUAUGGCUCGAGCCUGUAUUGCCGUCAACAGAAAAGACGAUGCCAUCAAUGCAUUAAAGCAAUCUGUAUCGUUGGAUAAUCCUUCCGAUUGGCAAGUGUAUUGCCAGAUCUUGACAAGUUUGCCCGAUUGA